AUGGAUUGGGCAGUAAAAUCUGCCAGAAAGAAGACUAGAUUUAUCCAAGGUGGCUCCAGAUCAAUUGUGGAAUCGCUGAAUCGCUUUAAUGAGGUGUUGACAGAAGGACAGGACGCGAUUAGCCAGGCAUGUCUUGCUAGCAGUAAGUGGCUUGAUGAUGAGUUACUAAAGAUAGGGCUAUUAUCGAAGCAGGAGACCAUCCCGGAGGAAAGCAAAGAAGCUCUGGAACGCAACAAAUUGGCGUUGGAAGAGUCCACCCCGCAAAAAGCUGCGCGUCGUGAAAGCUGGCAUGCAACUCCAGGAAACAAGUCUGAGAAAAGUGAGGAACAUGUACUAGCACAACCUGACAAAGAUGGUAGUAAGCUUCACAAAGAUGAUGAAAAAAAUGCAAUAUUAGGUGACGUCGAUACUAGUUCCAAGACUCGUAGCCGUAGUCUAAAAUCGUCACCUUGGUCACCGUACAAGUCCGAAAGAACCACAUUCGCCCCAGAGUAUGCUCCACCACAAACGUCAUCCAAAAUUGCAGGCAGUUUUGGAUCUCAUAGUGGGAACAACUCGAGCGGCCAAGAAGCUAAUGAACCGAAAAACAACCAUUCGCCAAAUGGGUCUAAUACACCAACGGUUGGCGAAAUACGAACGACUCGUUUGCCAUUGGCUACAAGAAGAAGCAGCCUUCUCGAAAGGAACACCACCAGAAAAAUACAACCGCUGACAACCGAAAAGACUGAGCGAUUGCCGCUAAGAGAUCGCUCCAAACGCAGAACUGACAUGUUCAUUCCAUUGCCUGAUAAGGAUCCUUUGAUAAUUCGCUCUUCAAUCAACCCACAAGCAAAGACCCAAGAUCUAAGCAGCUCUACAAUUCCUAGGAACGAUACUGCAUUAAAACAUGCUAGCUCCAAUGUAAUCAGCCGACAUGAUCGACCGCCGAUGAAGACUGUGAAGCCCGUUUACAGCAACGUGUUUGACAGACUUACAUCUACCUCAACAACUUCAUUUGACAAAAAAGCAACAAGUAGAAGCCCUACAAGAGAAAUAAAAAGACCCAAGCUUGUUGAAAUGGCCCACAUGGAGCCUUCAGGAUCACCGAGAGAAAAAAAGUCUCCUAGAAUCGAUCACACUAAUCACAGCAUUCAUGAAACUCUGAGGAAUAUUUUUGAUUCUCAAAUACCGAAGCUGGGGCAGAUGAACAACGCUUCUAAUUCCAACGGGCUAACGAGAAAUUCUACUAAUGCAAAAAGAUCUUCACUCUUACCAAAGCUCAGCGGUCAGACCGCUGUUUCGCCCAUUAGUAUGACGGCCAACGCUGCCCACAGAAUAAGUGGUAUUCAUAGCAACGGCCUCGAAACGUCACCAACAUUUUCCUCGGUUCGCAGUCGCCCUCCAAAAAGUGAACAACUCAAAGAGCGUAAUCGUACCAUAGUGGGUCUUUUACAUGAUCCCCAUGUCAGCCCAAGACAAAAAAAACUUCCUAGACGCGAGAGCUCAACAACGGAAUUUCUCGAAAGUGUCUCCGCUCGAAGGAACGACGAAAAGUUGCUAGCAAACCAGCCAGAAGAAGAUUUAGAUCGGUUAGAGAGGUCAUCAAUCAAGAGCUUGCCUCAAGAGCACCAUGACAUCAGGGAGAUAAAGGAUAGCAGACCAAAACAAGCGCAAGAUCGUUUAACGAAGUUUCAACUUUUACCUCUCGUCGGAUCUGAGAGACAGGACGUGAAGAAAAAGCUUGACAAGAGGUUGUCAGAAGUUAUUCGCAGUCAGAAGGAACAAAGCAAGAGAAGUCAAGAAAAGCUGAAGAGGAAAUCCAACAUUGAGGAAGACGUCAAGCAGCGGAAGUCACGCAUAUUUCAGGAUUCUGAUCCUAAUAGAGGAACAAAGAGCUUCUGUGCGGGAGCAGAUGGCGCUGAGAGCUCAAACAACAAACCGCGUAAUACGAUACUCUAUGACCUGAACACCACAGAUCAUAGACAAAUGAUAAAUGGAAAUUCAGAGGAGACAAACACUGAAACAAAUGCGGGAGACACAACACUUCCAGAAAUUGACUCUGAUUCGGAUGCCGAAGACAGGUCUAUUUUGGCAGCAUGGGCACAUUCACCAUACCUACAAGAGCAAUUGCUAGCUCAACAAGACUGGGACCCCGAAUCAAUAUUUGGACCCAUUCCUCCUUUGCACACGGAUGAGGUCUUUCAAAGUUCGAGGCUUUCCAAGCUAAAAACCCGGCAAUCCAUUUCUCGUCACAAUAUUGGUCUUUGA